AUGGGUAAUUCAGCGAGGAUCCCUGCUUUGCCUGGUUCAGCUGGUGAUUUAAUAGUUUUCCACAGAGGCUUGUACAAGCACUAUGCAGUCAAUGUAGGAAAUGGAGAAAUUGUCCACGUAACGUCUUCUGAUCUGACUAUUGACGCUUGCAAAGGUAAAGAAUGUUCAACCUUCUACAAAGCCGUCAUAAAGAAAGAAAAGUUUGAAGAUUUCGUCAAAGCAGGAGAUGAAGUGUCUGUAGAAACACGUGGAGAGAAACCAUUUUCCCCUGAGGAGAUUGUAAGAAGGGCUAAUUCCAGUCUUGGUCCAAUGAAUUAUAACUUAUUCUGGGGGAACUGUGAGCAUUUUGUUCGUUGGUGCUGUUAUGGUGAAUAG